GCAGCAGCAGCAGAUGAUUACGCACCGCACCGCAGUCUCGGUGCUCGUUUCGCAUUAAACCCGAUAUAUAUUAAUAAAGAAAAAAACAAAACAAAACCGUGGCAGACAUGGGACAGAGCCGUCAUCCUCUCUCGAAGAUGUCCACGCAGGAGGCUUACUGGCUCGUGAAGCAGCUGCCCAGCAGAAGAUCCUGGGAUUGAGACGUGAAUCCCUUUACACCGAUGGCCUGGACUGAGUUUCAGCUGGCCUGCUGAAGCUAUGGGGAGCUGCUGGAGCUGUCUGUACAGAGACCCCAUCCGAGACAACCAUCUCACCAAAUUUAAGGUCAUCAAUGUUGAUGAUGAAGGCAACGAGCUCGGCUCUGGGAUCAUGGAGCUCACCCAGACUGAGCUCAUUCUUCACACACGCAAAAGAGACGCCAUCCGGUGGCCGUAUCUUUGCCUGCGACGCUACGGCUACGACUCCAACCUGUUUUCCUUCGAGAGCGGCCGCCGCUGUCAGACAGGGCAGGGAAUCUUUGCAUUCAAGUGUUCCCGGGCUGAAGAGAUCUUCAACCUGCUCCAGGAGCUGAUGCAAUGCAACAGCAUCAAUGUGGUGGAGGAGUCGAUGAUGAUGAGUCGAAGUGGCCACACACCAGAGAUGGACAUGUCUCGGACACCACAGACUCCCAACACUCCAGCUUUUCCUGUCCAGUCCUUUCCUAAUGGAUAUCCAGGUUAUCCCAUCAGUGGGGAUUCCUCCCAGCCAUCUCUUGAUGAUCAUGGACACAGCCUCAUGGCUUUGGAAGACCAGACUCACACCUAUGUGAAUACUGUGAGUAUGGACGGAGAUCUUUCCAUGCGUCACUGUGUGCACUCUCUGCCUGAGGUGCGGCCGAGCGCUUUGCCCGAAACGACGCGUGGAGCCAUGCCCGUUGGAGGCCAAGGGAACCCACAGUCCAACAUGAGAUGCUGUCCGCUUGAGGAGCGCAAAGACCCCCAGGUGUUCCUGCAGCCGUCCUCGCAGGAGGUCAAGUUCAUGUUGGGGCCCACUCCGGCUCAGCGCCAUCUCAUGGAGAGGGAGAGGCUCGGGCACAAUCCUCACAACCUUCAGCCAGCAGAGGGUGCUACAGGUUCAGAGACGGAGGGGGAUGAGCCUGGGAUGCACUUGUGCAACUCUCACUCCUAUCACCAUUUCCAUCACCACAUGCACCGGCAUCCGAGCCACGAGCACCCAGACAGCUCCCAGAGUGGCGAGCUCACCUACGAGAACAUCAACGGCCUGCGGAGCAGCCGAAAGCAGCGACUGAGCCCUAGUAGCGUGUCGCAGUCUGUGGGCUCGAGCAGCAGCAGCAGCACUGGGGAUAGCCACUCACACUCACUGUUGCACUCACACGGCCACGGCCCUUCAUCUCUGCCACCUCAGGGCUACGCCUGCGAGAGGGGCAUGGGUGGAGGCCACCGCCGGACAGCUCUUCUCAACUAUGAAAACCUGCCCUCACUGCCACCUGUGUGGGAGUACAGCGCCUUGCAGAGGGACGAUGAGCAGGAGGAGGAUGAUGAAGAUCAGGAUGAGGAUGAAUAUGAAGAAGAGGAUGAUGACUUUGAUGAGUACGAGUUCUCAGAAGGUCCAGGAACGCCCAACGGGUACCACCAGGACAGCCGGGGUAUCCACCGAGACGCCCUUCAGAACUAUGUCAACACAGAGCAGGUGCAGCCGCCCCGGCUCCGGCACCCCUGCCCCCCGCAUCCUCGGGCGUGUCGACCAGACAGCGCAGGGCGAAUAUUUAGCUUCGAUUUCCGACGGCGAUCACGUUCAGGGGUCGGAGGUUGCGAGCACGGUCACAUGCCUCCAUCGCGGCAGCUGAAUUACAUCCAGGUGGACCUGGAGGAGGAACCUCCCCGCCAAGCCCUCGGCAGCGGGGGUGCCCAGCCACAGCACCAGCGCCUACCACCCAAACAAUGUGGCCCGCCGGUACCCAGACGCAGCGAGUGCUACGCCGUGAUUGACCUGAAGAAGACCGCUGCCAUGUCCAACCUGCAGAAAGCGCUGCCCAGGGAUGAUGGGACUUCGAGAAAGACUCGCCACAACAGCACAGACCUGCCUCUGUAAAUGAAGUUCAGACUGGAGACAGAUGAAGGCCUCAUCCUCAUGUUAGCACACUGGACCCUUCACUGUCAUCCAUCCAUUCAAGCGUUGGGCUGACUGAAACGGUACAGGUACCUAAUUAGAAACUCAGUGAAAGUGAAUUGUGAAUGGAAAUGAGAAAAGUCUGAGGAGAAUUUGAAGUUAAUUUUAUUUGUCAAACAUCAGGUUAAAACUUUCUUAAGAGCAUCAAGUUUCAUAUAAAUACAUGAAGGCAGUGCCUUGCAGAAGUACUUGUGUCCCUUAAAGUUUUUCACAAUUUGUAAUAUUAUUAGCACAAACCAAAAUGCCUUUUUGGAGGGAUUUAAUGUGACAGACCAACACAAAGUAAUACCCACUUGUGAAUGGACUAAAAGUUGGUAUUUUUUGACAGGUUUAAAAUAUUUACAGCCUCUAAAAGACUUUCUCCCAGCUUUGAACUGGAACUAGCUUCAUCCACCUUCUUAUCAACUCUGACAAGCUUCCCUGGUCCUACUAAGGAAAACUGUCUCCACAUCAUGAUGGUGCCACCACUAUGUUUCACAGUGAGGAUGAUGUUUUCAGGUUGAUGUACAGCUAUAAUAUUUUUAUAUACACCAGAAAUUUCAGUUUUGAUCUAAUUUGUCCAGAUCAACCUAUUCCAAAUAUUUGCUGUAUCCCUCACAUGCAUUGUGUUUAGAACUUAUUGCGGUUUUCUUCUUGCAAAGCUUCCAGAAAUCACAAAUGUGUGGAAGGCAUGACUCCUCCUCAUGUCAGCAGAUCCCUGCAGCUCCUCCAGAGUUACUAUAAUUCUCUUGGCUGCCUCUACGUCCACAGGAGUAAAGUUGUGUUUAUGCAGAGAUAAAAUUAGUCACUGGUGAUAAGUAUUGAUUGAUUAGAUGACUUUGGAAGUCAGUUAGUUGCAUUGAACUUUGUUAUUAUUGUGCUGGUCUGUCUCAUGAGUCCCAAUGACAUGCAUUGAGGUUUGGUUCAGGUAUGACGAGGUGUUUUGCAAGACGCUGUAUUCUUCUAAAUAUGAUACUUUAUGCUUCGCUGUUGUCCAACAGAGGUCUUCAUUUUUGGUGGAAGAAGUCAUUGCCAUAAUGUAUUAUCAAGUUUGAUAUUACUUGCAUUUCAUUCAUGUUUUUUUUUUAAUUUUCUUUUUUUUUUUUACAUGUAAGAUUCUAAACAUCAGAGAUGCAACCGUCAUCAGAGAGGAACCAUUGAUGGCAUGAAGGCAGGUCAAAGGUUUCUUGUCUGACCGGUGUUCAUACCUCAUCACAAGCACUUAAAUUUAAUGUUGUGGCUCGUAUGUUUAUUACUGUAUGCCUAAAAAGCAUUUUGCACACAAUCCUAUGGAAUUGUAUCGAAUCAUAUUGUAGAAGCUGUCUUAAUCGAGCAGAGAUUGAAAGGGGAAAAAACGGGAUGAAAAGAAGAGAUUGGGAGAUUUGGAGAGUAGUGCUUAACUAUACGACGGUAAACGUAGCACACGUGGACUAAAUCAAGUUUGGCUCUCUGCUGUUGGCAUGCAGAAAUCAAAACCGUAGCAUAUCAUCCUCAGUCACAUCUCCUGCAUAUCAUUCCUGACGCAAGAGAGGGUGGGUCCAUGCCAGUCACGUUGCACUUUAGGCCACUUUGUCACCACUGCAGCCACAGGUUGGGUCCUUUUUGCCACAAAAAUGGGGGCCAGAGGGACACCGUUCGACAUCAGCUUCAAUAGUUCAAUAAAGUGUUCUCGGUUAGAGACGUUGAUGACCUCAAACAGUGGCAUUAAGCUGUAACCUCAUGGGAACUGAGCUAAAUCUAUGAUUUAUCAGUUAUCAGGGCUGUUUUAAAGGGGGUUCAAGCAUGUUGCAAAGUCAUAAAGUUGCUUUUUUUUAAGUUAUUUAUAAACCGUCUCAAAUAUUUAUUUAUUUAUUUAUAACAUAUUUAUUUAUUCAUUUGAAAAAAAGUGUAAUUUAUUUUUCCUCCAUACGAUGACCAGCGUUUUGUAGUCCAGUAGGUAAUCUGGAGACCAAAGUUUCACCUCAAAUUAUCACUGGACUCUGGUGUAUUACUGUUAUUAAUAUGCUUAAGUAUAUUUUUGAAAAAGAAGAAUGACUGUAUUUAUAUUUUAAGUGCCAAAUUGUAAUUGCUACCAGUAGGAAGAAUUAGAAAGUAAAAUGUGCCAUAGGGAAUUUUUUAGGGGGAAUUGGGGGAGCGAUGAGGCACAAAGUGAAAAUGGGUGAAAUAAAUACAACAAUCCAGUUUUUUGAAAGUUUUUCAAAUUAAAAUAAUAAAAAACACAUAUUCCACCUCAUCCAUAUCGAUAGCCAUGCUAAAGGGAAACACGAGAAGGAUAAUCUUUUAGUCUGAUAAUCACUCUUCUGGUGGUUUUUUGCUGCUACUUGUACAUACUAACAGUAGCCCAUAUAAGCUACAGGUACAUGUCAAAAUGAGAAAAAUAAUGUGAUGUCAGACUUUUUAUCACGUUGUCAAUAGGAAUAGUGUCGUUGUCGUCUUCUGGUUUUAUUUGUGGGCGGCAGGAAUGUCACGGCUCAUUUCAGAGGGGGCCAAUGUGGUCAAAACUUCGUUCCAUGCAGACAGAUUUAUUCUGAACCGACUGAAAGAAAACGUAAGUUAAUCACAGGCAUUCAUCUUUAUUCUGAUUGCUCAUAUUAGCUUUGCGUGUAAAGCUGAUGGAAAGAGAGAUGUUUUUAGAUCUACUCGUGUGGAAUCUCUGGAAGGCAGAUUCACUGCGGCGUUUAACUCAAGGUGAUCUUUUUGUCUUUUCAGCCAGUGUUGAUUUGAAACAGGUGCAGACUCUCAACUUCUGACAGGGAGGGUUUUUUUUUUUUUGGCUUCAUAGACUGCUUUAGGUGUUAAACAAAGGAAAACACUGCAGAUCACCAUGUUAGUAAAGCAUAUGUUUUAUUUACAAAAAACUUUGAAAUAAUUUAAUUAGUGAUGGAAAAAAUAUAUUUGUAUUUCAGUGAUUGUGUCUUUGGUAUGUAAAAUUCUGAUUUUAUCUGUGUGUCUAUCAGUUAAAGAAGGGGCGUUAUGAAAGGUCAUCUUGAAACUUUAUAUAGUAUUCUGUUAUUUUCUCAACAAAAUAAUACUUGGUGGAACUGGGGAUUUGCUGAGCCCAUCAUAAUAACUUCCUCUCAGUCCCAAUACUUGUAAGAACGGUUGUAAACAACAUAAUGGAGGAGCAUUGUUGUGAUGAUGUUUUGAAGGCAGCGUGUCGGAAAGAGCAGGAGCUCAGGAGACGUAGGCCCAUCUUCAGGGCGUCAAAUUGCUUUGUCAAAUUCCUUUUAAGUCAUGUUGAUAUAUACAGCAUUUUCAUAUCAGCUGAAAUAAAGAUGGUUACCUGAUAGUUGUGUGAAAUGGCACAGUGUGUCAGUAAAGGCCAAUAUACCCCUCCUUUAACACUUUUCCCACCUCUACAGUGUGCGUUUUAUUGACAGAUUUUAUUCUGACGCAGACUUUAUUUCCAAGACCUUUUUUGCUGAGACUUUUUAUUCUCUUGCCUUUCAGUCCUAGAUCUGAUGGGAUUUUUGUCUAUGGUCUGACAUCUGAGGCCGUUUGCUCUAAUGUGUGAGGAUCCAGAGUCCUGAGGAUGUCCUAAAAAGUCUCAAAUAACCACAUCAGAAGUUGAGAGCUUGUAUUUUAUUUAGUUUUUGUACUGGAUAUGAAAGACAUCUUGACGCCAACAUUGAUAGCUGAAGCAUUGAUGCACCGAGGGAUGUUUACAUUUUUGCAAUAAUAGGACUAUUAUUGUUUUACUGAUCUAAAUUGGAACAACACGUGAAGUGUGGGAUCUGUAGCUUGUAGAGCUGUAAGCUAUAUGUGCGUGUUCGCCUUCGAGGAGCAGAUGUAGAAAAUCUACCAAAAAAAUGUUUUCUUUAUGGUUACUUGACUCUUACAUCACCAUGCAGUAGGUGACCACUGAGAGUGCUUGUAGUAGAUUAUCUCGUGUUACAACUUUUAAAGCAGCGGUGUUUAAUCUUACAAAAAUCAGCAGGUGAUCUAUGUGUAUUUUUGACAUGUGGUUUUAAAGUCAUUGAACUAAUUGUGGUAACUACUUCUGUUUUUCAAUAAUAACCUCAUCCAAUUUUUUUUAAAGCAUCAGCACCAGCUUCUCUUGUGUUCAUGGGCCAACAAUCGGUAGAAAUGGGAACAUGAAACGAACAUCCUCCAGGUCUUUCUGUUGCCAAGCCAUUAUGUGAUCGUAUUCCUCUCAAGGUCAAGCGAAGUGCAGCUCCGAGCUCAGAGACUCCGUGGAACUGGAUUCAUGUUCAUGCUGUCUCCCCGGCUUUCAUAAGCGUUGAGUGUUGAUGCUUGAGGCCCUGUUUCACACAGGUGUUAAAAAUGCCAGUUAAAAUUUGUUUUUUGUAAUCUGGGGGGCGAGUAGCUACAAGUUAAGAUCAUAAAUCCAUCCCAUCAAUCGUCUUGACAAACUGUAUUUACAGAAAAAGUUGAAGUUUAAAAAAAAAAAAGGGCUUGCUCUGUUUUUACUGUGUGAAAUGUGAUUGCGUCCAUAUACCUUGUGUGUUUAUUUUUAUUUGCAUUGUGCCUUGCAUUUUCACACUGGUUUAACAUUUUCUUUGCUGAAAGUGAAGGUGUUGUUUUUUUGUUUGUUGUUUUUAAAGGUGCCUGUUGGAAGUUUGGAGACAAAACGAGGCUUCAAGGAAAAUGUUCUCAAUUUCAGGUUCUGAAAAUAAUGUGCCAAGAUCUGAUUUGCAUAUCACUGCUUUUACAAGAUUUUCACUGAAAGGAUGUUUGAAUCAGUUGGUUAAAUUACCGUCUCUGCUCAGAUUUGGAGAAGCAUCUUGACAGAUGCCACUAUCUUGUCUUUACUUUAUUCCAUGGUCUAAAAAUUUUUUUUUUAGACCAUGGAACAACUUUUCCGGUGGUGUUUAAAGCUUACCAACAUCUCGACUAGCUCCGCUAUCUGUUGAAGGCCAUCGCCUGCCAUCGUACCACUGUGAAGGUUUAACGAAAAACAUCAAGCACUUGAAACGAGACUUACACGACCAUAACUGCAUGUGGAUCUUUUUACUGUACAUAAUUUUCACAAACUUGUGGUUUUCUUUUGCUUCCCAUUGACUCAGAGCCGUGGGAAAAUAUUUGUCCCCAUUAACAAGGCAGUAAACAGGACCGUUUCCAUCACAGUCUGUCAGAGUUUGGAGCGGCACGUAGUUACGGUUUGCAUCACUAUCUGAGGCCUCAGUAGCCGUUUUCUCCUCCUGAUUUGUCUCAUCUGGAAAAAGAUGAGACAAAUAACUACAAAUAUAUACAUUCACACCCGAGGGCACUUUACAGUGCUUAAUAAUAUACUUGAUAAUCUGACAUGCAUGUUCCUGAACUCUGGGAGAAAACUGGAGUCUCCUGUAGAAACUGACGCAUGUACAGGAAACAAAAUAAAAACUCCUCGCCUCCCAGCUCUGCGUCCUAAAAUUAGAUUAAAAUAGUCCCAUUAAAGUUGCACUUUGAAUCAGUUUUGGUGUCGCAUUCAUAGCAAAGACUCGUGAGCGGCAUUAUCGUGCUUCUCCAACUCUCGGGUAGUCAUCUAAAAUGUGGAUGUAAUCCUGUCAAAUCUGAACGCAUGAUCGUGUUUUUGUAGGAACUAACAGGAGCAGAAAAUUGUUUCAGAAAACACAUUAAUGAAGGCAUAAAUCAUGACCGAAGCUGUGUAUUGUCAAAUAUAAGGAGUUAAAUAUCAGGGGAUUGUGCUGAAUUUCACGACAAUCUGAUUUCUCAUCAGCUAACAACUGUUCUUGUAGAGACCAUGGGAAUACUUUUUGUUAAAUUUAUUUUUUAUUUUUUGUGCACUUCUCAAACAUGGAUAUUAAUCGCUGUGUACGUUUUUAAAGUAGGAUUUAAUUGAAAUCUGGCAUCAGAUUCUAAGAAUACAGUAAAACCAGAGAGACGAAGCCAGCAGUCAGUGCCACUCAUCAUCUUCAUUAAGUUUCCAUCCUCAUCUCAGUGAUUUGCCUCUUUUUUUUUUAAUCUAACAUAUUUAAAAAUAUCUUCCUUCAUACGACAUUAUCCAAAUAACAUGUUGCUAAACCUCAACUUUCUGUCCCAGCUGUGAGUUAAAUCUGUCAAAUACUGAAAGUAUCAGAAGACUAAUAUCUCAUGUUAUAACUGUGCAUUUUAGUUAUAAAUCUCUUUCUUGUCUGGUACUGGCUGUAAUUGCCACCAGAGGGUGAUGUACAUGUACGGGUCUGAGCUGUACAUUUUUCCUUUUUUUUGUGACAGAUUUGUGUAUUUAUGUGCAGGUGGGAAUAAAACCUUGUGACUACUAUAUGAAUUUCUGAAUGGAAUGAGUGCCAAAUAUGCCUGAGCAUGAUAAAUUGUGUUACUCAAGAGGAGUUGUAGGUACUCCUGACUCAUGUUAAGUGAGGCUUGAGUGGCUCACCGCGGCCGAGGAAAAAUAAAAAAUAAAAAAUUUAAUGCACCGCUGAAGGGUUGAUCAUGCUCAAUAUUUUUGCUGAAAGUGCGAAAAACUUUUAAGAAUUUUUGUCUUUUUUUUUUUUUUUUUUAAAUGGGGAAAAAAAAAGUUUCUUCAAAAAUAUUUGUGGUAUGUUUCUGUGUCCAUCCAUGGCUUAAAAAUGCUGUCAGUGAUGGUCUUCAUGCGCCAUGAGCAGUGAAUAUUAAAAGCUGAUUUACUUUAUUUAUUUUGGACUUGGUAAAAAGAAAAAAAAAAAAAAAAAAGAACACAUUUGGGUUACUUUCAUUCUUGAAUUAUUCAGUUUUUGUGUGUUUCUAAUCAUCCCGAAAACAAAGUGAGCCUGACAUUCAAUGAAUUUUAUUCUGGAUUUAUUCAAUUAUUUGUCCAAAAUGUAAAGGUAAAUGUAAUUCUAAUAUUAAAAUAAAACUAUGAAAAUA